UGUGAGCCCUCCUGUAUGCUUCAGUCAGGAAGUUUAGGGAGUGUAGGAGUGCAUGAGAUUGGAAAAAGCAAGUGUGUCGAAACAAGCAGGCACAGAGCAGGCAGGACCCACCACGCAGCCCAGACACGGAGGUGUGUGUGCUUGUGGUUUUAGACUUGGCUGUUGACUUAGGGGCUUCUGAGUUGAGUGUGCAAGUGGCUACAUCGACAAGAAAACAUAGCAAUUGCUGUCUCCACCAAGUCCUUCUUCUUCUUUGUAGUUUGCUUGAAGGUGUCUGCAGGAAAUCAGUUUUUUUUCCCUGAGAGAAAACAAAGCUGAAAGAAGGGCAAAGGCCAAGACAACUGGAGUGACUCUAACUUCUAACUCCCUAAGGACUUUUUUCCAUCCACCUUCAGGAGCAGACGACUACACUCACUAGAGAAACUCCAGCUCAUCACAACUGUCUCACCACAGCCUCCAAGCCAGAGAAAGAACAAGGGAAUCUGGGGAACCCACCAUUCCAGCCCCCUCCUUCCCCUGCCUUGGCUCCUGGCCCCUCCUCUGCAGGCGCCCCAUGGUACCCUCCACCCCCAGUGGGGCAGGAAGCGUGAAAAAUCUCACUAAUGGGUUUAUUUGCUGUCAGACCAGCCGCGAUCUGUCACUCCCUAGGACUGCUCUACUUGACACUCCUCAUAGUCGAGUGAGCUGCUCAGUUUAGUCUUAGUAAAUUUUACUUUUACUACCUACUGAGACCAUCAUCACCUCUAGCCUUCCUCCCUAAGAAGGGAGUCCUUGAGUUGAAGUGCCUGUCCCUCAAACCAAUUUGCUCCACUGAAUCCAAGCAUAGUUGGGGAAACUCCAGCUGUCCCCAACAGAGGGGUGUGCUUUCCAAAGUGAGGCUUGUUUGAAGGAUCUGAAGACUGCUUUGGGAGAUUGAUUGGAGAACAAAAGAUGCGCCUCUGGCUGCUAGCCGCAUUGGCAGCUCUGCUUUGGAGUCACGGCACACUCCUGGAAGGGGCUGAGGCCAAAAAAGCACGCAAGAGGCCGAAGGAGAUGACCCCGCAGCACACCGAGGUGUUCAACACCACACUUUCCAACAGCGAGGAGGAGGAUGAGAGCACAAAGGUCACAGAGAGCCAAAGAGUAGACCCACAUGGAUCAUGGAUGGAUUUUGUGAAGAGGCCGGUUGGCAACUUCCCGGGAAAAUGCCGGAAAAGGAAGCGGCCACUGCCGGGACCUCAAGGACCUCCUGGCCCUCCAGGACCUCAGGGCCCACCAGGGGCCCCUGGAGCAGAGGUCACUCAAGAGGUUUUGCUGAAGGAGUUUAAAGAAAUGAUCAAAGAAGCCACGGAGAGGAGAGCGUUGGUGGACAGGGCAAGCGGGCAGAGCCAGCUGCCCACAACUCUGCUGGCACUGGAAGGUAUGGCGUCGUACCGGAGGAUCGAAGAGGCCUUCCACUGUAAGCUCAGAGGGCCUGUCGUGGUAGACAAGAAGACUCUGACUGAGCUGCAGAACUUCCAGACACCCCCUGCCAAAGGUGCCUUUCUCAGAGGGACGGGGAUGGAUCAGUCCACUGGCCGAUUUACAGCGCCCAUCACAGGAAUUUAUCAGUUCUCUGCCAACGUCCAUAUUGACCACAGUGAGGUGAAAAGGAGUAAAAACCAACUCAGGGCCAGAGACAACGUGAGAGUCCUGAUCUGCAUCGAGUCUCUCUGCCAUCGAUACACGUCUUUGGAGAUGAUCGUUGGCUUGGAGAGCAACAGCAAGAUAUUCACAGUGUAUGUUCACGGAUUGCUGGAGCUCCAGGCUGGUCAGUACACCUCCAUAUUUGUGGACAAUGCAGCAGGAGCUUCAAUCACGAUACAGAACGGCUCGGAUUUCAUGGGCAUGCUGUUGGGGGUAUAGCCUCCCUUCGUUUUUCCUCCCACCUAAGACUGCUUUCUUUUGGACUGCCAUCCAACACUGAAUCAAAUAGUGGACAGCCAGAGGCAGCUAACUGCUCUGCAAAUGCUUCAGUAUGAGAUGACUGAACCACUGCGCUGACUGUGGCACAUCUGUUUUACGCCGUCGGUAAAAGACAGUCGGAGGCAAUUCUUAUCACAGCUUGGAAUGAAAAGACAAUGUGGAUCUUUAAUUCAGCUGUAGGCAGGCUAAAAGAAAUUCUGAGUAUUUUCAUAUGCAACAAAAGUUAUCUUUUUGUUUUAUUGGGGUUUUAAGUAUAUGAUAUUGAACAGAAUUUAUUUUGUGAUACAUAUAUAAUCUACAGUAGAUGUAUACAAAGAUAUAUGAUAAGACAAACGUUGCUUUGAAAUCUGACUCAUAUCUAUGAUACGGAUUCAUUAUUUGAAAAAAAUUUACUGCUAUUAGCAGAGGACGUAUAUUUUUCAAUCUGAGUAAAGGCGCUGGCUAUGGACUCACUGACCCUGACAGAUGCUGUUGUCAUUAUCAUUUCUAAUGUACACACCUCUGCUUUGUUGACUGCUAAUGAUCACACAAUAGAUAACGCACCAUAACACCCUGCACUAGGAAAAUGAAUCAUGUGAUUGCUCAUAAUGAACACAUUUGCCAGCUUGCAAAAGGGCAAAACCUGGAGGCGAUCAAGCGCACCAUAAAAAGCAAUGAUUCCAACUCUGUUUAUUCAUUAUGCCCGCUUGAAAACACUUCCAGAUUUGAGCUAGGGUACUUGGAAUGUAUGCAGGCACUUGGGAAGAGGUGCCUCCAUGACAAAUUAGACAUGUUAGAGAUUCCUGUUGCACUCUAUUCUUGUUUUUUGGAUGUGACAACCACGUCAACAACGAGCCCUCUUCAUUUUUUCACGAUUCAUUUAUAGCAGACAAAUAUAUGAGUACAAAUACAAUUGUUUAAAGUAUUUAUGUGAGUAUUAGGAUGUCAAUAUGAGAGCGAUAAUAAAUAAUGUGAAUAAAACACCAUUUUUAAGCAGAUUUACUCUUCAGGAGUUUGUACUGUAGCAUGGAGCUUGAACCUUUUUACAUUCAAUAAAUGUAAGUAAUAUUUGUGUAUAAAGUUGA